AUGUCCAUCACCCCUCUCACCAUCUACCACCCCCAAACCACACCAUGCCCCUCUGGCUCAUCUACCACCCCCCCCAAACCUUCACCACCCGAAUCCAAAUCCGCCCUCGUCAAAUCCAUAACCUCAAUCUACACCUCCUCCGGCCUCCCCGCCUUCUACGUAGUCAUCAACUUCAUCCCCCUCUCCCCCGAUGACAACACCUUCAUCGGCGGGGAGCCCUCCUCUGCCCGAUCCAAACCCUUCAUCCGCUUUGUAGCCGAGCACAUCGCCGUCCACGUCAGUCAAAACCCCGACCGUCAAGAGCGAACAAUCAAGCGGAUCGACGACGCUUUGCGACCGCAUGUGGAGGAGAAGGGGUAUGACUGGGAGUGGCACGUUGACGAGACGCCUAGGGCGUUGUGGAAGAUCAAUGGCUUUGUUCCGCCUCCUUUUGGGAGCAAGGCCGAGAAGGAGUGGGCUGAGUUGAACAGGCCUGUGCCGUGGGAGGAGGAGGAAAAGGAGGGAAAACAAAGGGGUGAUCGGAGGUAUGUGGUAUCGAUGUGAUUACAGGCGGUAUGCUAUGCUAUAUGUAUGUCCAACGGCACCUGAUCUAUCCUAUUCUUUCUCGCCUUCUAUCGCACUUCAAAUCCCGGGCAACCCAAUGAUGCUCCUGAGGGCGGGCACGUUCCGGGGGAGAAUAUACGUAGUGUACAGAGCCGUCAAGGCGACAAGCAGCCC